CAACAUUGAUCACAAUAUAUCAAUCAUCAAUUUUUUGCAAUGUGAUUGUGGAGGGAUUGAAAUUGGACCUAUCGUAAUUAUUAAAAAAUCAUUGAAAUAUUUUCGUAUGUCUCGUUUCAGAUUAUUAACUUUUGUAUAAAAAACAAUUCUACUUUAAGAAAAUAGAUUAGUACUGUCAAAUUACGUUUUGUAUCCAAGGUAUACUUUUGUACCAAGAUGUCCGUGGUAUUCUCAUACGAUUUUGACAAGAAAAUGUUUGUAUAAUCCUGGCUCCUGCAAUGCUUUUGUAAAAGUUAUAUAUGAGCUUAUGAUUGUUUGAAAGUGUACAUAAUAUAGAUAGAAUAACACUAAUAUGAAUCGUCUAGCCGAGGAAAAUGUGCAAAAUAUUAAGUGCAAUCAAAACUGUGCAAGCACGAAAAACAAAAGUAAAAAGGCCAAAGAUCCUCCGGAAACGACAAACGAAAUAAAUAAAUUAAAUGAAGACAAACUAAGUGACGCGUUAGUUAACACACUUCAUAUUAAACUUAAUAGUAACCUUACUAAUGGUACAAGUGAUCAUUCUAAUGCUAGUGUCAAAGAUUUAAAUGCAGAACUUAUAGCACAAGACGCAGCGCCGAGUGAGGUCCCGACAAUUGUAAAUAGUGUACAGUGUAGUGACGUCGCGACCUCUAGAGAGGACUCCAGCCCCAACCCCUGUGACGGCAUCAAGAUACACAGCCAAGACAUAGAACCAGACACAUGUGAGAUCUUGUCCCUCGCCAAUGUACAUAACGAGGAAAUUGACAUCAUGGCAUAUGAAUCUGAAUUACAAAUGCCAGAAAUUAUGAGACUUAUACAAAAGGAUCUCUCUGAACCUUACUCUAUCUAUACAUAUAGAUAUUUUAUUCAUAACUGGCCUAAACUUUGCUAUUUAGCAAGUCACGAAGGCAAAUAUAUUGGUGCCAUUGUAUGUAAGUUAGAUAUGCAUCGAAAUGUUGUUAAAAGAGGAUACAUAGCCAUGCUGGCUGUUGAUGAGAAAUAUAGGAAAAGGAAGAUUGGCUCUAAACUAGUACAGAAAGCAAUACAGGCUAUGAUAGAGGAUAAUGCAGAUGAGGUUGUAUUAGAAACAGAAAUCACAAAUAAACCUGCACUAAAACUAUAUGAGAAUUUGGGAUUUGUGAGAGACAAACGCUUAUUUCGAUACUAUCUUAAUGGUGUAGAUGCAUUACGGUUGAAAUUAUGGCUAAGGUGAAAUAUGUAGGUAAUGAAUGGGAAUUCUCAAUGUUGUGUUUAUGUCACUGUGGUGACUACCGUCACAGGUUUUGUUUGAAACCAUGUUGUUAUCGUGGUAUAACCUAAGAAGCCUGCCUGAAUUAUAGCCAAAUGUAUAGAUUGUUUGAUUUUUUUUUGGACAUGUGAUGUUUUAUUUUAUCUAAUUUAUGUGUUGAAAAUUGUUAAAUAAAUGUUUUCUGCAAUUUCUUUUAUAUCUCAAUAGAUAAAUGAUAUAAUAAUAUCUUAAUUGAAAUACACAACUUUGAAGAAUUA